GCGGGCGCAGCAAUGGCGGACACAGACCUGAAGCGCGUUCCCGACGUGGACAUAGACGAAGACGGCGUCUUCAAGUACGUCCUCAUCCGGGUCACGCCGCGAGGCUCCGCACCGGGCAAGGACGUCGUGCGCGGCUACUCUUGGGCCGAGUAUCACGCCGACAUCUAUGACCGUGUGUCCGAGGAUCUCUCCCGGCUGGGCUUCAAGUGCGAGUGCCGGGGCGGCGGGCGGAUUUCCCGCCAGAGCAGCUCCCGCCGGAUCCAUGUCUACGGCUACUCCGUGGGCUUUGGGCGAGCAGAACAUUCAGUGGCCACUGAAAAACUGAGUGCCACUUUUCCAGACUAUGAGGUCACCUGGGCAGACGACGGCUACUGACUCCAAUAUUUCAUUUUCCUGCACCAUUCGCAACUUGGACCUGGCAUGAAAUAAACCAUUCUUGGGGCAAA